CUCCUUGUUCUCCUGCCUACUUUUCUCAUCAAACCUGUUUCUCCACCUUCUGUCUCCUUAUGCUCACCUGCACUUCCUCGUUCCAUCACCAGGUCUCCUUACUUUCUCUUUCUAGAAGUUUUAGACGCGUCUGUGUUUUUUUGCGGAGAAAAAAUAAAGCCACAGGUACUGUACAGGAACAAGACUGACAUCUGUAAAGUCUGAGCAGCCUGUGGAUCCACCAGCAACCUGCAGGAUGUCGGAUUCGAACACAUCACCCAGCUUCACCCUGACUAAACCGUCAGUGGAUGAUUCCAGUGAUAGCAGUGAUGAACCGUGGAACAUUCGCACAGAAUAUGAUCCUCCAUCAAGCCCACGUCACACAUCCAACAAGUCAAUGGAUCGACUCAUUACAUUUAAAAGGAUGUCGGAUUCGAACACAACACCCAGCUUCACCCUGCGUAAACAGUUAGUGGAUGAUUCCAGUGAUAGCAGUGAUGAACGGGAGGACCUGAGCACAGAAUAUGAUCCUCCAUCAAGCCCACGUCAAAUAUCCACCAAGUCAAUAAGUCCACCCUUUCUAUUAAAAAGGCUAUUACACUCUAAAAUUUCACCCAGAUCUCAGCGUACUGUGACUAACUGGUCAGAUUUCCUUGUGCGCACACGCAGCUCUUCGAGUUAUGAAAGUGGGAAAUCGAGCAGCGACUCUGGUGCUCCAUCAAGCAUAUCUUUCAAAUCUGACCGGUCAAUGGAUCGACCCAUUACAUUUAAAUGGAUGUCGGAUUCGAACACAAGACCCAGCCUCACCCUGACUAAACCGUCAGUGGACGCUUCCAGUGAUAGCAGUGAUGAACGGGAGGACCUGAGCACAGAAUAUGAUCCUCCAUCAAGCCCACGUCACACAUCCAACAAGUCAAUGGAUUCACUCAUUACAUUUAAACGGAUGUCGGAUUCAAACACAUCACCCAGCCUCACCCUGAGUGAACCGUCAGUGGAUGAUUCCAGUGAUAGCAGUGAUGAACGGGAGGACCUGAGCCUGGUGCAGAAUGGGAUUUUACCAGCUUCACUGUGCAGUAAUCAGGGAAAAGACCAGAUAUGUCCAGUUCUUCUCAACAUGGAUGAAGAGAUUUCUGUUGUACAGUGGAUCAAACCGAAUUCACCUGCAGCUUCGUACAUCUCAAUGAGAAGUAACCAGUCAAUGGACCCUCCACUAAAAUUCCGUCAGAAGUCUGAUGUGAUGGGAUUCAAUGAAGCACUAUCUCCAGCUCCAACUGUAGCAUCUCUUCAGUCUGAUCAGUCGAUGGAUCCACCUUCUAGUUUUAACCGCAUGGCGAAGGGCAUGUCGUCUCCCAGCAUGGUGGACUCGUUGUCUCCACGUCCAACGUCUGUCAAAUCUGACCAGUCAGUGGUUCAAAGAAAGCCAGACAGAAAAAGAGCCUGCUACACCAUGAAACUGAUGAGGGAACACUUGUGGUGUUCAUGCUGCAAAAAUACACUAAUGGAGCCCGUGUCCAUCCCCUGUGGACACAGUUUCUGCAAACACUGCAUCAAAUCCUACUGGAAGAAACCGAGUCCUGCAGGAGGCUACCGAUGCCCUCGGUGUAGGAAAAGAUUCCAAACCCGUCCUUCACUGAAACUCAACAUCACUUUGGCUAACGUGGUGCAGACGCAGCAGCAGACCUGCACCAGUCCUCGUCCUCUGACUCGAAGCUACGCCGGACCCAGAGACGUGGCCUGUGAUAUCUGCAUUGGGAGAAAGAUACGAGCGGUAAAGUCGUGUCGGACCUGCUUGGUGUCAUACUGUGAAACCCAUGUGAGGGGGCACUAUACUGUAGAAGUUCUGCGUAAACAUACCCUUAUAGAGCCAACUAAUGGUCUGGAGCAGGGAGUCGCAUCUAAUACUCCAGCUGAGCAGUAUGUCCCUCAGGAUUUAAUCACUCAGAUGCAGCAACUCCAAAAUAAAGUGAAGGAAAUGGAGGUGAAAUUGGAGGUCCUAGUGAGCAGCAUCAGCGGCGUCCAGCGUCCAGCGAAGCGCAAACGCACAGAACUCGAAGACGACUCGGUCUCUGAGGUGCGGGAUUGUGCUGUACCAAACCAGUAGCUUCUCCAGUGAUCCGAUCUCCUCCUCGGGUCUGACUGUUCUUCAACGGUUUCCUCAGAUUUGAGGUUCUCUAUACUCCAAGUGCACCUGACUCAGCUUACGGACUUGUUUUUUUUUUUCCUUCUCCUUCUGGAUCUAAAGUUUGUUUUUAUCGCAAUUAUUCCAACCACAAAGCUGUAAAAGACUGAGAGAACCACUGCCUGCAUUAACACAUACCUGAUGGGAGACAAACUCCGGAGGCAAUAAAAAAAAAAGUGUCAUAACACAAGAGGAAUAAAUUACAACAAGAAUUCCAGGAUUUGCUGAAAAAAACCCUGAUAUUAUGAGUUGAACUCUCUUCAAUCCUGAGCUCGGGCUCGAGACGACGUCUGAUGCCGUGUCCACCUGAGUUCACUCAGGGUUCUCCGGUUUCCUCCCACUGACCAAAAAUAAAGAAUCCAGUAUGCCAGUAUGUAGAGGGGGAAUGGUCUAUUGCUCCUGAAUGUAAGUGUGUGUGCAUGGUCUCCAGAGACGGCUUGAUGUGUUGUGUGUUCACCUGGUUUCAACUCUGACAGAUGAAUGUUGUGCGGUACUUCUCUUGUUUUCUAAACAAAAAGUCCAUAAUAACAUGAGUGUGAUGUUCAAUAAAUAAAGGCCAGUAGGUUAUAUAGGUAAUAUAUAAUUUUUAGCUAAAAAAAAAUUCUUACUUUUAUGUAAAACUGAUUUACAGAUGUUGCAUGAUGUUUCUGUUGCUGGAUUCUGAUUGGUCAGAACAUUCAUUAUUGUUUUGUGCUUGUAAAUUGAGCUGAAAAACUCGUUCAGCUUCAUGGACUUUCUCACAGAUCUUUUUGUUUAAGCCGAAAACCAAACUGAAAGCAUUACUAAUGUUAGUGCACACGUCUACCGUUGUGAAGCGUGAUCACCUUUGACCCUGGCACAUUGCCAAAGCUAGCGGUUUGAAAGUAGCGUCAGACGUAGUGGUGUGAUUUCUCUGUAAAUAAACUGACUGCUGUUCAAAUGCUGAAAUCUAAAUAGCAGCCACCAGGAUGGACAGAUCGUGGAUGAGAAUGCAAUUUAAGAUUCGUUUUAAAACUAAGCUGCUUGUCACUUUUUUAUAUUAAUAAUAAUCGUUUGUACGGAAAUUAUUUUGCACGUUCAAUACACAUUUACAGCUGCAAUACUAUAAUAUAUACAAAAGUUUGUAUAACGAGACAUUGGUAAAUUUAACUUUUACAGUAUGUUAUUUGUUUCAUUCCUUUUUUUUACUGCUGUUUACAGACAUUUGCUAAUUGUUUUUAAACUGUUACAUUCCUCUUAUUUUUAAUAAAGGUGUCAUAUUUCAUUCAUUCUGUUAUUCAGCAGCUGUAACCAAAUAUAUAUAUAUUUUAGGGGACGCAUAAAUGUUCUUUUUCACGCAACAACCUCAGUAAAAAGUAUUUCAAAUGAAUGUUUGAGGAAACGAAGCGAGUGUGAAAAAGAUUUUUUACUGAAAAAUAAACUGGACAUUUUUAUGUUUGUUUGGUCAAAUUAAAUCUUCAUACCAUUAAA